CCCAGCGUCUGCAGAAAGCCGUCUCUUUUCUCCCUUCCAUCUGAAGUCCACCUGACAUUUCGCUGCUGCAAGAUGUCCCUGAAGGUGCAGACCAGCAACAUCACCAACAAGAACGACCCCAAGUCCAUCAACUCCCGGGUCUUCAUAGGGAACCUGAACACGGCGGUGGUGAAGAAGCCGGACGUGGAGGCCAUCUUCUCUCAGUACGGCCGCGUACUGGGCUGCUCCAUCCACAAGGGCUACGCCUUCGUCCAGUACGCCAGCGAGAGGCACGCCCGUGGGGCCGUGCUCGGGGAGAACGGCCACGUGCUGGCAGGACAGACCCUGGACAUCAACAUGGCAGGAGAACCCAAACCCCACAGGCCUAAAGGUGUGACAAGACCCGCUGCUGCCCUUUACAGUGGUUAUGACUUUGACUAUGACUACUUCAGAGAGGACUUUUAUGAGAGGCUGUUUGAUUAUCGGGGGCGGGUGUCACCGGUUCCACGGGGUGUUCCAGUGAAGCGCCCCCGAGUGGCCGCCCCGCUGGUGCGCAGGGUGCGGUCUCUGUCUCGGUCUCCGGCCCCCGGAAGCCGCUCAGUCAGACACAAGCUGAAGGGCAGCGAGCUGCAGGCCAUCCGGACGGAGCUGGCCCAGAUCAAGGCCAACAUCGAGACACUGCUGAGCCACCUGGAGGUGAUCACAGGGAGCAUGCCCAGUGGCACAGAGCUGCAGAGUGCUGGGGAGAGGAAGAGCGAGGUCUCUCAGGAUGAAUCUGCCUCCGCCUCAGACACAGAGGAGUCAGCUCACACUGACGAGGGAGAGGAGGAAACACUCGAGGAAGCAGAGGAAAUCACAGAAAGCAAUCACCUAUCAGAGAUGGAGUCCAUCCUUCAAUAA